CCUGUCGCGAAUAUGCCUGGUGGCAUAUGUUGUAGCCAUAUGCCACUUGUCAAUGUCGAGAUUAUGAGUUUAGAAAAGAAAAGAAAUAGUGUCGAGUAUCUUCAUUCUCCUAGUGUUUAAUUCAGUGGAAACAUCGACAGUGCUGUUCGGCAUAUUUACAGUCGUUUGUCCAUCAUUUUACUAUUAGAAUUUUGCUGCUCUAGAAGACUUGUGAUUCGCAUACGUUUUGUUGUAUAGUAUAACUGUUAAAAUUUGACAGUGUAACAAAAAAGUGAGCUUUAUGAUACGUGUGUAGAUACAUGAAGACAUCUAAUAUUAUAGUAAAGAUCUCCCAUUGUGAAUUUAAAAGACUGUUUUUGAAGAACAGUUUAGGAUUUUAAGUAGAAGAAAACCUAAUGGUUUUUUCAUGCAAGCAUGACGCACGCUCGAUAUGACAGUAUCUUCAUUAUCUUGCUAAUAUUUAUUGCGAAGUUUUCAGUAAAUGCUAAGUUUUAUAAGUCACCCAGUGUACAGAAAAAAUCAGUUCACUUGCCAGAGAUUAAAUUUAGUUCUAAUGCAUACUUGGAUUAUACUGAUGAUAGAGAAAAGGGGCCACAAUGGGACCAAAAGGAUACGCAGUUAGGAAAUAUGCAUCCUUUAGCUACUGGUGUACCCACCAAUUUUUCAGAUAAAACGGAUCCAAAUAUUAGUUGGGAUUCUAAUUGGGCUUCCGAUAUGAAGGUUGGACAAAUAUCAGCUGUUUCAAUAGACCCUGAUGGCAACAUAGCAGUGUUUCACAGAGGCGACCGCAUAUGGGGAAGCUAUACAUUUGACAAUGAAAAUAAAUUCGAUCGGAGAUAUGGACCGAUUCAACAGAAUACCAUAGUUUUACUUGACAAGACUGGAAAAGAGAUCUUGAAAUGGGGCAGUAAUAUGUUUUAUUUACCUCAUGGACUGACUAUUGACUCCCUUGGAAAUUACUGGGUUACAGAUGUGGCAAUGCAUCAAGUAUUCAAAUUCGAUGCAAAGGAUAUUAAGAGUAAUCUAGAAAGAUUAAAAAAGAUGGAGUCAGCACCCAAAAGUGCUAUAUUUGAUAAUGAUAAUGACAAUGACUUGUUUCGAAACAGUAUAAUAAAACCAUCAUUAAUUUUGGGCGAAGCAUUCGUACCCGGAAAUGAUAACAAAAGAUUUUGCAAGCCAUCAGCUGUCGCUGUAAGAAAUAAUGGAGAUUUUUUCGUCAGUGAUGGUUACUGCAAUUCUAGAAUAAUUAAAUUUGACAAGAAUGGUGAACGAAUUUUACAAUGGGGACGUAAAUGGAGACCUGAAGAUAAAACAUUCCAGCUGCUAUCACCAAAUGUACUUUUUGUACCCCACGCAUUGGCACUAGCUGAAGAAUUUAAUUAUAUUCUUGUUGCUGAUCGUGAAAAUGGCCGAAUUUUAUGUUUCUACGCAAACAAUGGAACCUUCUACAAAGAAUACAAAGACCCUGCUAUAGGAACAAAAAUCUACAGUAUCGCAUAUGCUCAUGAAAAGAUUUAUCUCGUUAACGGUAAAGAUCCAGCUAUUGAAAAUAGUGUACAUAUACGUGGCUUCGUACUAGACCUUCAUACUGGAUAUAUUGUAUCACAAUUCACACCUGGGGAAGACCUGACUACCCCGCACAGUAUAGCUGUAACAGAAAAUGGCCAUGAAAUCUAUGUUGUGGAGCUGUCUCCACAUAAGAUAUAUAGAUUUCUCCAAGGUGCAAACGGUACUGCAUCAUUACCAAAGACCGAGGUCUCACAGUCUGAGAACUCUUCAUCAGCAUCUACUAUAAGGCACGAACCAGCACCUUUAACUGAUAUUUUUGUCAAUGAUACUUCUAGUGAUGGUAACACAGCCACAACAUUAGUAUUAUCCCUUAUCACAACUGCUGUGGUUCUAAUAGCCCUUUGCGUUGCAAUAGCAGCCAUAGUGGCACGCUGCAGAAAACGAGGAUGCCUGUUGACGGUGCGCAGAAGGAUGCGCUGGGAGGCAGAAAGACGUGAAAACUUCAAGCUUUCGAAUCUGUUGGAGACCCGGAAGACGAAAGGCUUCAAAUUUUUUAAAAAAAGGCCAAACACUCGUGACUUCAGUAAAUUGAAUACCGAACCGGAAACGUCUGAAGACGAGCAUCCAGAAAAUAGUUUGACUAAAGUCAUUUAAAACCAAAAUCGUCACGCGUAAUACUACGACACAAUCGCUAUUGCGGAUGACGUGCGAAGCUUCAGAAUCGUUUUAUUCGAAACAAACUUUGCCUGUUUCUUUUUCAUUUCUCUACGCGUUGAAAUAUUUAUCGAUCAAUUAGCUCAAUCUAAAAAUAUAAUUGAACCUGUACAAAAAUUCAUCUCACGUAUUAUCCUUUGACAUACGUUAUGAUAUAUAUCUGAUCCUUUUUUUCGUAAGAGAAAUAAACAGCUGUUAUUGCUAAAGGCUGAUUCGAUGUACGCAAUACAUAUCUUAUAGCCCAACGAUCAUUUUUCUUCUGUUGUUAAAAUAAGAUGAAUUCGGUGGCUUUUCGUGUAAAUUUGGAUAAUUGGACGCGCUUAAUGUUACAUCAGUGUACAAAGGGAUCGAGGAUGAUGAGUUAUCGCAAGUGGAAGCAACAAAUAGGAAGACAUUGGAUGAACGGCAAUGUCACUGGUUCGUAGAAAAACUGAUGAUUUUUUUUAUUCUAAAUUUUAGUAGUAAUUAAUAAUUCUCAUCUCCUCAAUCUCAAACGCAUACUAAUUAAUCUUAAGUAGCUGAUACAAUAAUUACACAAAUAUAAACCGCAUAAGGUUACUUAUCAAAUGGAGGCCUCGUACUUUGUAAAACAAUAUCAAUAAUGUAAAUUCCAUUUACGUUUACCUGUCGCACUUUAUUGAAUUAUAUAUUUCUAAUUUUAGUGUGAA